GAAACCCUCUCUGCUCCCACUUCUGCACCACACUCUUCCAAUUUUCAGAAAAAAAACACAGAAGAAAAUGAACCACCCGUUACCCUCCAAUUCUUCAUUAUCAUCAUCAUCUUCUUCUUCUUCUUCUUCUUCUUCUUCGCUGUCCUCUUCCUCUUCCCCCUCCCCUUCGUUCGCCGAUCGCAUCCUCGCCCCUCUCGGCUUCGCCCUACUGGUCCUCCUCGUCGCGGUCAUCUCCUACUCCUUCGCUCGCCGCCGCCGCCGCCGCGUCGGGGCCCACUCCCACCACGGCGGCUCCCUCCCCGCCGACCCCGACGACGACGACGAUUCAGCUGGCGCCGCCGACGAGAUCCGCGCCGGGCUCAGCGAGGCCGCGAUCCUCAGCUACCCGAAGCUCCUCUACUCGAAAGCGAGGCUCCGGCGGGGGGGAUCGAGCGGGUCCUGCUGCUCGAUCUGCCUGGCGGACUACAGGGACAGCGACGUCCUGAGGCUGUUGCCGGAGUGCGAGCACUUUUUCCACCUCAAGUGCGUGGAUCCGUGGCUGAAGCUCCACUCCUCGUGCCCGAUCUGCAGGAAGUCGCUGCUCGGUUCGUGACGGCGGUUCGUUUGCUAGAAUCGGAGGUGGGUACGACUCCCGUUCGUAGGGUUUCCAGCUCAAGCGUCGCUAAUUGCAUUUGCCCUUGGGACCUUGUGGAUCAGCUCAAGCGACCCGACCAAUGGCAAUGGACGACCCGACCGGACCCGACCCAUCCAGGCAAGGGGACAAAAAAAGUUUGUGCUUUUGGAAUUUGAAUUUUCGGAAAAUAUCCCGAGAAACACGGCAUUUCGCGAUUCUAAUCUAAUGUCAGGGGACACAGAAAGUGCGCAGCUCUGAGGAUCGCGCUGUUCUUGUUAAUGGUAAUGAAAUUCACCAUGCAAAUCCAUCAAUGAAAGCAC